UUUACGGCACUCGCUCCGCCCUCCAGGCGCAGGAGAACGGAGCCGGCAAACAUGGUCGCCACCUAUAUUCUGAGCCAGGGUGUGACUGCAUUUGCAGUGCUGUUGCUCUUGUCCUUCGACAGCUUGGCUACUAGUCAGAUCGAGGAUCGAACAGAACAGUUCUUUAGAAGUGGCCACACAAACAACUGGGCAGUUUUGGUGUGUACAUCCCGAUUCUGGUUUAAUUAUCGACAUGUUGCAAAUACUCUUUCUGUUUAUAGAAGUGUGAAGAGGCUAGGUAUUCCUGACAGUCACAUUGUUCUGAUGCUUGCAGAUGAUAUGGCAUGCAACCCUAGGAAUCCCAAACCAGCUACAGUGUUUAGUCACAAGAAUAUGGAACUAAACGUAUAUGGAGAUGAUGUGGAAGUAGAUUAUAGAAGUUAUGAGGUAACGGUGGAGAAUUUUUUACGAGUAUUAACUGGGAGGAUCCCACCUAGUACUCCUCGGUCAAAACGUCUUCUUUCUGAUGAUAGGAGCAAUAUUCUUAUUUAUAUGACAGGACAUGGUGGAAAUGGUUUCUUGAAAUUUCAAGAUUCUGAAGAAAUUACCAACAUAGAACUUGCAGAUGCUUUUGAACAAAUGUGGCAGAAAAGACGCUACAAUGAGCUACUGUUUAUUAUUGAUACGUGUCAAGGAGCUUCCAUGUAUGAGCGAUUUUAUUCUCCUAACAUAAUGGCUUUAGCUAGUAGCCAAGUGGGAGAAGAUUCACUUUCGCACCAACCUGAUCCUGCAGUUGGAGUUCACCUUAUGGAUAGGUACACAUUUUAUGUCUUGGAAUUUUUGGAAGAAAUUAAUCCAGCUAGCCAAACUAAUAUGAAUGACCUUUUUCAGGUGUGUCCUAAAAGUCUAUGUGUGUCUACUCCUGGACAUCGCACUGAUCUUUUUCAGAGGGAUCCUAAAAAUGUCUUGAUAACUGAUUUCUUUGGAAGUGUACGGAAAGUGGAAAUUACAACAGAGACUAUUAGUUUGCAACCAGAUUUAGGAAUCAUGGAAAGCAGCUAUAAGGAAGACUGGAUGGAUGAGGAAAUAAUGGAACCACUGAAAUAUGCUGAACAACUUCCUGUAGCUCAGAUAAUACACCAGAAACCGAAGCUGAAAGAUUGGCAUCCUCCUGGGGGUUUUAUUCUGGGAUUGUGGGCACUCAUUAUCAUGGUUUUCUUUAAAACUUAUGGAAUCAAGCAUAUGAAGUUCAUUUUCUAGACGUGAGGAUGUAGAGAAGACUGCAUGGAAGACUACAACCUUGGAUUAAAAUUUAUGUCGUUACAUUUUUCAAAAAAAUACAUUGCUCUUGUGUGAAUUGACAAAAAUAGAAGUAAACUAAAUUUGACAAACUGUUAUUUUAUAACUUAAAGAAAAAUAAUUGUUAAUGCAAGUACUGUGAUAAAUAUAUUUGUUUUUCCUUUUGUCUGUUAUUAAAAAGAUUGAACAAAUAUCAGAUCAUUGACCUUUUUUGAAAAUAAGUAUUUUCAUUUGAAUAUCCCUUAUUCAUUUGGAAAAAAAAAAGUGAAGACAUUAAAUUCUCAAUAGUAGAGCUAAGUUCAGUUAGUACUUUUGUAUAUGUUCUUCCAGUCUUUUUUUCCUAUGUACAUAUUUUUUUCUAAAAUAGAGAUCAUAUAGAAUAUACCAGUUUGUAACCUCACUUUUCAUCUUACGAUAUGUUAACCCUUUUUCUCUCCUCGAUAUUGUUCAAGAACACAUUGAGAAUGGCUGCAGAGUACCCAUUUUAUGAAUGUAUUGUCAUUUAUUUAACAGACUUCUGUUGUUGGACCACUUCAAUUUUUUUGUUCCCCAAAUUUUUCUUUGGGUUAUUCUUUAAUGUGUGAAAAUUUUACUGUCAGUUAUUCAUGGAAUAAAUAUGAAAAAUUGGUUUCUUAACCUAUGGUACUGAUAGUCUCCAGGGCCUUAUUUGCUUGUCAGUUUAUUUGGAAAAUUUAAGACCUUUGGUAUUUUCACAUAUUACUGCUCAAGAGAAACUAACCUCAUCUUUUUCAUUUCUGAGCAUUCUGUGAUCCUCUAGAAUUCAUUACCUCCUCUUCAGUUUCCACAUUGAAAAAGACAUUGUUUCAUUCUGUUUUAGUUGUAAACUUUGCCCACUGGCUGGGUCUACACUUUUCCUAAGACAAUCUCAUAAAGUGGAUGGAGUAUAUGGAAAAUUCACACUUAUGGCCCUGCCUUCACUUCUGACUGAUGUAUCAUAUAAGGCAAAAAAUAAUCCCCUUUUCUGAUCUCUGACAAGAUGCAAGAACUCAUAUCUCUUUCACUGAUUUUUUUGCUUACCAAUCAUCUUUGCACCUUUUUUAUAACUAGAAAUAGUAUUGAGAUAGCAAAGCUAUCAGCCUCAAAUAUUGUUUUUCCACAUAUAAGGAAGAUAAAAACCCUGAAUGUUGAGUAUUCAUGGCCCGCAGGAUACUUUUUUGUAUUUUAUCUGUUUUAUCUAAGAAUUUAUGUGUUAAUCUUUAUUCAUUGUAAAGACCUGUUGUAUAAUUGUAGGUAACAUUAAGAAGACAACUCUUCCUCCACAAUAUACCUCCUAAAGUUAAUAUUCCAUAGGAUUUGUUUUUUUAGUACUUAAAUAUUACCCUUUAAUUAACAUGCCAAAUAGUCAUGCUUUCACAGGCAAAAGAUUAAUUCUGUUAUCUCCCAGGUUAGAAAAAUGAUAGGCUUUUUGCUAGCUCUGAAUCUUCAUUUUAACUGACCUUUUUAUUGGUGCACUAGAUACAUGAAGAAGGAAAUUUAUUCGAGUAUAUGGAGAAGAGUCCUUUUGUACACAGAAAGGGAGAAAAUCAAACUUAAAUUUGAAUAGCUGGAUAAUAGUAGUGCUAAGAGACAAAAAAAGUUGGCCAUGUCGCCCUGCAAACACACAAGGUCAUGAACACUAUGGUAGGAUGGAGCUACUUAGAGUGGUAAGGAAAUAUGACUGUUCUUGAACCAAGAUAAUUUAGUUUGAAUAUAAUGAAACAUACCUGAUGGUAAAGACUGCUGGAGAGGAAAGAGAUUCAUCUUCAGAGGUAGUACAAGGUGCCCUUCUUAGUUAAAACUAAACUAGGAGAAGUAGUACUGGAUAUAAUAUACAGGAUUAAUUUUGCCCAGACAGAGUUUCAAAAGGCAGUUAUAUCUCUUCGUGUUUCAUUAUUGAAUUUUCAGAAUGUAGUUAAAGCAAAAGGCUUAAAAUAUGUUAAAUGUUUAGCUCGUAACCAUAAUCUUUUUACUUAAAGUAUAUUCUGCCUUCAAUAAUAAGUACAUCUUCUGCGUAUGGUAAGUGGGUAAUAUUAUAAGUGCAAUUAAAUGGCCCAGACUUUAAAUGAUAACAUAAAAGCACAUCCUUAAAUAUAUUCUAUUUGAGUCACAAAGAGCCGAACAACCAAGAGGUGUUUUUUAUUUUAUUUUAUUUUUUUUUGUCUUUGUCACAGCAUUGUUGUGAGGAUCAAAUGAGAUAAUGUUAUGACUAAACUCUUUGGAAAUUGUAAAUAUGUGGUGCUGUCCUUCAGGAAGGAAAGGAAUAUAGAUAAAUGGAACCCAGCAGACAUGUCCUGACCUUUUAAGGGAGGGACAGGUUAUAGUGAUGCCAUUCUACAAAGGCAGCCUGCAUGAGAAAAGGAAACCAAGUAUGUGGAUUUUAAAUUUAUGAAAGACAUUCAUUUGCAGUUUAUGAAAGGCAAAUGUAGAUUGGAUGCAAAGCUGAUUAAAUUGGAUCAAGAAAAAUUUGAAUUAAAUACAUAAAAUAAUGCAUGCAUUUAUGAUUUCAAUUUUUAUAUAUCCUCAGCUAGUUGAAAAUGAUGAUUCCCACAACAAGCAUAACUCAGCUUGUUUCUGCUUAGUGAGUAUUUUCUACUGUGGUAUAUGUGGAUAACAUUUCUUCCAUUAUGUAUGUUGUAUAGCAGAGUUACAGUUAUUGUGGGAAUCAUAAUUUGAAUUUUUGACUCAUGUUUCUGGAAUCUUUACAACAAAUGUUGCAUUAACAUAGAACUUUUUUCAUUGACUUUACCAAAAUUAAAUCCAUCUCGCAAAUACUGUUUUAACUUGUGAAAGAAAUAUUUUAUAAACAUACCACAAGGUAUGGUUAUAAAAUAAUGAGAUCAUAUCCUUUUCGCUUUAUGGCAUCAGUCCGUUACUUUGUUAUCACAUCUCCUACCCAAGGGCAUUUAUCACAAAGAAAGUGUCUCCAUUAUUGCCGUUCUGUCCGCCUGUCCUGUCUGCACGUGUACCUGCUGUGUAAAUAUGAAAGCCUUUCAAUUCAUGAACAGUACACUUUGAUAGUAACCAGUCCUUUUUUUUAUUUUAGUGCAAAAUUUUUACCCUUUUGGAAGUGUGCUAUGAAAUAUUUGGUUUAAUUUAACUGUGUAGACCUUUGCAUAAUGGGAUUGAUAAAGAGGAAGAUGUGACCAAAAAACAAAAACGGUAUUAAAAAUUCAUUUACUUCAAA